AUGGCAAAAUUGCUAACUAACCGUGACUACGACGAUUAUCUGAACAGUAGUGGAAAAACUCGAAUACCUGGUGUUCUCACGUUGGAAUGCACCGAACUCUCCAACCCUUUAGAUAUUGUCUCAGGCUUUGCAAAAUAUUUUCAGAGUGUAUAUAACACUUCGUCUGCGGGUACUUCUGUCUCCUCUGAUAGUAUGGCAGUGCCUGCGUCCUGCGUACAUCUUUCAAACAUAGACAAACUGGAUGUUGAGAAGGCUCUGCACAUGCUCAAACCGAAGCACACUUUUAGUACUGAUCAAAUUCCAUAUUAUCUGGUCAAAGAUUGUCGUGCUAUUUUAGUCGAACCCUUAACUUACCUAUUUAACCUGUCGCUGAAAACUCAAACAUUUCCUAAUGAUUGGAAAUUGGCUAAAAUAUGUCCGGUUUUAAAGUCUGGUGACAAUAGCCAUAUCGAAAAUUACAGGCCUGUUGCUGUACUUUCAGCUUUUUCUAAGCAUGGUUUUUUCCCUGGGCGUUCAACUCUAACAAAUCUUGUAUGCUUCACACAAUUCAUAGCGGAACACCUUGAUAAGAAGCAGCAGGUUAAUUGUAUAUACUUGGACGUGUCUAAGGCGUUUGAUACCAUUAACCAUUCCAUUGCUCUCAGGCGGUUGGAAAAUUCUUUGAUUCGUAUCUCUCCGACCGGAAGCAAACAGUUGUUUAUAAUGGAUUCAAAUCUUCCUAUUUUUCUCAAACGUCGGGCGAUCUUGUUUUAUGCAGAUGAUAUAAAGAUUUCCAAUGUAGUCAAUGGCUUCGAAGAUGCGCUAUCAUUGCAGGUGGAUGGUGAUGCUAUAUAUGGGUGGUGCACUGACAAUGAUUUUGUGGUGACCAUGAAGAAGACUGCAGUUUUAACAUUUAAGCGCACCAACAAAUCAGUUCACUUCGACUACUGCUUAAAAGGUGUGAACUUGCAACGUAUAACUGAAAUCCAGGAUCUAGGUGUAACAUUUGACAGUAUCUUAUCUUUCCACCCACAUAUAAAUAAUCUAGUAGCGUCUUCUCUUAAACUUUUAGGUUUUAUUGCCAGAACAUGUAGGUGCUUGAGUAAUCCUGUAACCCUAAGGACUUUAUAUAUAGCACUUGUACGUUCCAAGUUAGAAGCUCGUUCAAAUGUUCUUUUUAAUGCUCCAAUAUAUAAAUUGUCGCAGACUGGUAACAGCCUUGGCGAAGAAAUUGACAUUUAUGUGUCGCCGCUUAAGCAAAUACUGCUAAAUGCGCAUGAAGUUUUCGCAUAG